AUGUCCUGGAACGAGUAUAUCGAUGACCCGGCUACUCACGUACAGAUGAUCCGCCACGCAGAAUCCCUCAAAGAGGACUCCGAGAAGCGCCGGCACCACCAAGUCAAAACACUAUUCAGGGACAUUAUGACGGGCCCCUCUGGACUUCGCAUCCUGCAGUUCACGGCAUACCAGUUUCGCAUGAUGGUACGCAAAGGCACCAACCCCGAUAUGACCACUAUGCCCAACAUAUACCAGCUGUGGCAUUGGGGAUACGUCAAGUUCAAAAGCGUCAACGAGGAACUCUGGAUUUUCGCACACAAUUUUGCGGACCCUCAACUCAUGGCCAGGCUGGAACAAACGUGCGUUCACUUCCACAGGAUUUGGGCCACGCAAGUUGUUCCUAGCACAGCAGGUCUUGUGCCCAUCCUACCCAAGACACAAGACCUAUGCGUCGUGAUCCACAACACCAAUCCUCCGUUUCACCAACCCAUGACAGCCAGAUACAACACCAUCUCCGGCAUCAUGACCUCUCAGGCCGUCAGCAACAUCGUAUUUCGCAAAAUCCAUGCCGACGUACAACUACACAGAACGUGGCCUAGUGUGGAUGCGACCACUCAGUCGGAUUAUGAGGAUGAUACUUUUAUACUACCAGAUCAUUGGCCGACCAACAUAUGGACCGACACAUUGCAAAAGUUGACCACCACAUCUCCAUGGACGGCACCAUUGGAAUCCGACAUCAGAACCAAGCUCACCGUUGACCACAUCUUCCACGACGUGAUCCCACACAUGAUUUGGACGCCCAGGUUCGCCAUACCGAUGACGUCACAACAGCUUCAUGCCAUCCAAAUAUCCACCAAAGCAGCACACGUACUUCACCGACUAUGGGAUCCACUUAUUUUCACGUUUGCUGAUCCGUGCCAUGCAUCACGUGGCCAUGAUACCAGACAAUCCAGUCAACCGCAAAUAUCGGAAAAGUUCUACAAGAUCGACGACGAAGGCAACAUUCCCAUGAUAGCCAUACCGGCCAGCAGUGUUAGAGAAGCACAUGCAGACUGGGCGUGGUUCCAAUCUCAGCAGGAACCACAAACACCGUUCAGAUGGCUUGCACUACCACUUGCCACUACUACUUUGACCAGAAACCAUUCAGCCAGCAAUCGCAACGCCGCCACGCUCGACAUGUUCAUCAACACAGUUGGUUCACAUUGGAUGGAGUGUUCCAACCAUUCCACCAUGAUCCUCCACUUGAACCGAACCAGGCUGUCCCCACACCGACGCGGCAGCAGGAGUGGGAAGACUUCAUUGGCCAACGACGAGCUCUCCUUGAACUACAACGAUGUACCACGAAGGAUCGACCAGAAGAACCACAUGAGUGGCAUCAUGCACGUUGAAAGUAUCAUUUGCAGAGAGAGUUGCCGACCUUGUUUCACCAUACCAUGUGCACCCAUGCAACGUGACUUGAUUCCGGAGCGAUCACUGCCCUGCCCAUGA